CGCAUGAUUGUAGCCUCAUCAUGUGUCUGAGUCUGUGAGAUCAUCCCAUGAUCUGGGAAGAAGACGCAUGUCUGGCUGUCUGUCUGUCUUGUUCGUACAUUCGGCCGACAAAGGAUCAGUUGCAGUUGGACAAGAGGAAUCCGUCAGGGCAUUGAGAGUCUCCCCCCCCCGUUGCGAUCAGGGAAAACCUGGAAAUGAACCCUAUCUGCACUCCACUUUGCUGCAGCAGAUCUCCCUUCCUCGAGUGAUUUGUAUGUACGUAGACAGGGAUCGACAUGAUACAACAUACUCAUACAUGAGUAGUAGCUGUCGUUUCUCGCUUGCUGUCUGUGCGACGGGGUUUGACAGACCAUGAUCACCGAGCAUGUCCGCUAAGCUUCAUCCCUGGCUAGCACUCUCAC